UCGCUAAAGAAAAAUCUUAACUUAAUCGGAUGUAAAGCUGCAGAGGCACCUCUAACGUAAUAGGAUUAAGAACAGUCUUCUCUAAUAAUUGAAAAUACAUACCUUUUGCUUUACGAUUCUAAUAUGACUCCCUUUUCAUAUUAAGAUGCAAAUAUGACUCCCCUUUCAAUUUCACAUGCAAAUAUGACUCCCUUUUUUAUUCAAGAUGCAAAUCUGAAUAUAGUAAGACGUUGGAUUAAUCACGUGUCCAAAAUAAUGUACAGAAUGGUGUUGAAAGUUUCAAGUUGUAAGGGUAAUCCUAUCCAAAGUGAUUAUAAUUUCCCGAAUAUAAGGGUUUCAUAAUCAUAUUAGUUUUUAGUGGAAUUUCAAAGUAUUAGCCCUAUCUGUGAAGUAUGUGACCUAAAAAUUAACUGACUGGUGCCUAAUAGAUAAAUAUGGGAACUCAGUAAGAAUCAUAACCAUGCGGUAUAGUAAAAAAGAGUUAUUUAAAAGAAAACGACAGGAAGUGCUGAAUCUGUUCACCACCACCCCUCCCCGUCUCCCAGAACGAACUGGAGGAUAAUGAAUUUGCACUAGAAUAUUAAACAACUGUGUCGAAUCUCAUAUGCUUAAGGUAUGGCCCGCGGCGCACGUAUUUUUUACAACUGAAUUGUAGGCUAACAAUUUAAUUAUCGCUUUUGUUUGUAACGUAUAGCUUUUUAUAACUUUUUUUCAGAUUGUUAACAGGUGACAAACGAAAGAAAUGGCAUUUUAGUGGAAUUAAAAUAAAUGUUUUUUCUUAUUCUCAAGAGAACUUUUUUCAUAAAUAUUGAACAAACAACCAAGUAAUAUAUUUUUGCCACUACUUAUAAUGGUACCAUUAUCGCAUAAGAUCGUGAACGGCGGUUUGGCGGUAUUGAUCGUAAUAUUGCAUAUAACCAUCAUCACUGUUGUCUCAUCAAAACCAAAUCUUCGCAAGAUUAGGUCUCACAAAUACAUUAUCCACUUGUGCUGCGGUCACAUUAUGAUAGCUGGAGGAAUUCUAAUUGGUUUCAUAACAGUGACAGAUUUGUUUACACCUGUCUCAUAUUUGCACAUCAAUCUUGGUCUGAUAGCAUUGACCUUGGAUCGUUUCCUUACUAUACAGUUUCCAUUCAGAUAUUCCAAUUGGAGGAAGGAGAAUUAUAUUUUGGCUCUCCUUUGGUUUGCAACUGUUAUGGCAACAGUAUAUGUUUUUUUAACGAAACCGUCAACAGAAGAAAAAGCGUCAACACAAAACAAUGACAAUACCAUGAUUAUGUUCGUAAUUGUCACAGCUGUUGUCAUCUUUAUUCUGACACUUUCCAAUGCGUUACUAUUUCAUACUGCUAGGAAACAGUUAUAUAGCAUUAAAAAAAUGGAGAUUGCGUUGAAAACAACAGAACCCAAAGCAACAGAUUCAUCGGCAAGAAACGCAUCAUCCAGUGCUUCAACACGUAAACAGCAAGUGAAAGAAAUCAGACAGUUUUAUAUCUGUUUUGGUUUUGUUCUGACAUAUGUCUUGGCAUGGUCUCCUCCAGUAAUAACAAAGUUUAUUCACCUCGCAUUUAAUAUCAAGGCGUCUCAUAUGACUUUUGCAUGGAUGAUUACUUUUACAAAUCUGAAUUCUCUUUCCGAUGGACUGAUUUUUAUCGGGUUAAACAAAAGUUUAAGGAAUGUGUGUCAAUCAAUUUUCUACAAGAUGAAGGGGAAGCCAAACACACACAGCUUCAGUGACACAAGUAGCACUUCACAUAAGUAA